GAGAGAGAGAGAGAGAAAAGGGGAGUGUGCAGCUCUGCCUCUGCUACCAGAGCAGGAUCUGGCAGCUUUGGAAGCUCGCAGCUCCCCGCCCUGAGCAUCCCGGACCUGCCGCUGGAAUUGGCAUGGAAGCGCCAAAUGGGUUUAUUUCUCCGCCGCUUCUCGUUUCUCUCUCUCAGCAAUAAUUCACCUGAGGGCUUUUCUUCCCCCCACCUCCUUUUCUCACGCUCUUUUUUGAUGUGGAGAGAGGGGAGAAAAGGGCGUUGUGGACAGAGAGUAUUUAUUUGGGCAGCUUUUUGCGGCGUGUUUUAAAGAGGAGCCGGGCAGAGAGAGAGAAAGAAAGAAAGAGGGAAAUAAAUUUUAAAAAAAUUUAAAAAAAAGGGAAAUAAAGAAGCAAGAAGGAAGAGGACGGCACAGAGUGGUGGCGGCGGGGGGUGCGGAGCAUGGGCUGGCGGCUGCUGCUGCUGGCCCUGGCGCUGGGCGGCCGCCUCGGCACGGCGCAGAACGACACGGAGCCCAUCGUGCUGGAGGGCAAGUGCCUGGUGGUCUGCGACUCCAACCCGGCCCCCGACGCCAAGGGCUCGUCCUCCUCGCCGCUGGGCAUCUCCGUGCGGGCGGCCAACUCCAAGGUGGCCUUUUCGGCCGUGCGGAGCACCAACCAUGAGCCCUCCGAGAUGAGCAACAAGACGCGCAUCAUCUACUUCGACCAGAUCCUUGUAAAUGUGGGCAAUUUUUUCACGUUGGAGUCUGUCUUUGUAUCACCACGGAAAGGAAUUUACAGUUUCAAUUUUCACGUCAUUAAAGUCUACCAGAGUCAAACAAUUCAGGUGAAUUUGAUGCUGAAUGGGAAGCCAGUGAUCUCUGCUUUCGCUGGGGACAAGGACGUCACCCGUGAAGCCGCCACCAACGGGGUCCUGCUCUACCUGGACAAGGAGGACAAGGUUUACCUGAAGCUGGAGAAAGGAAAUCUGGUUGGUGGGUGGCAGUACUCGACAUUCUCUGGCUUCCUGGUCUUCCCCCUGUAAAGUCAAUUUUCCCGUGACGUUCAUCCAGGUGUGGACUCACCCUCGCCUCUGUUCCAUGAAGGUCGUUUUGUCAUCCUGGGAGUGAUGGUUCUUUAUUGCUUUCUCACGGGUGAUUUUGGAUUCUCUCCAUGGAUUUUGGCCCCAUCUGAACUACUCAGAAGUGCCACAGAAUUCUGUGUGUCCAGAUAUGAUCUCUUCGGCCUGAGACUAAAGCAGACAAUAAAUAUCAACGCUUAAGGUUUCAGCCUAAAGCUGCCUGCAAGAUUUAUUCCAAUUUCACUUCCUGGAUUCGGGGAAGAAGUGGAUUUUCUUCAACUGUGAAAAGGCUGGCACCGAGUCUUUCAUGUAGGAGAGUCUGAGUUCAGACUUCAAGCAGGAGUUAGUGUGUUCUGCCAAAGAGCUGUGCAUUGAUGUAUUGGUCAUGUUCCUGUCCUGGCCUGCUCUCCACCAUCCAUCCCUUGUCUUAGAGACGUCAUUCCUAUUGCUAAGUGGCUGCUGGAGCUCUCCUCUGCGUGUUGUGUGUUGGAUGGUUCACCCAAAUAUUUAAGUUCAGUCACAACCAAGCCCAGCCUCCAUAAAUCUGGGGGGCUGUGGAAGUGUUUUGGUUGGAUAUGGAAGGGGUUCCUCUCUUCCACGUGCUGAUUCCUAAAAGGAAAAGCAGAUUUUGACCAUUCAGGGUUAAAGGUGGUCAUGCAGGCACAGCUUUGCUCAGCAGCUUUGCCCUGCAGGACACCUCACACUUGUUCUUCAAUUUUAAUUAACUUGAUUGAUAAUUACUGCUUUAUUCAGCUCCUGAGGGAUUCCUUCCUUAGACACAACCACUUUGUCAGCUGGAGAUGAGAUCCCCCUUGUUUGUAUUUCUGUGUAUUUCCAACCCUUCUGUUGUGUUAAAGGUCUUAUCAGGUUUUGCCUUAACUCCACAGGUGUAUAAAACUUUAGAUUAUUUGUUUAACAAAUAUGAAAGGCAAAUAACUGAUACCUAACUUGGUGCAAAAGCUUCCCAGAUUUUUGUACAGGUCAUGUGAAUUCAUAAAUUAUUUAUUAUCUCAUUGUUCCACAAUAAAGGUUAACACAUGUUAGCUGAAUUUUUGACUUUUGGAUUUUGGGAGUUGCUUCAUACUAUUUUUUUAAUUGGAUAUUAUUAUUAUAUGAAAAAUGGAAGCUUUUGGGAGUCACAGAAACUAUCCUAGGAGGCAGAAAAACUGCAAUGAGUUAAUCUGGCAGAAUCCUGGAGGUAAUCAGAGUGAUCUAGAAAUAACCUAUGCAUUUUAUUUAAAAAUAGAAUUUAGGCAGAAAUCCUGGCCUCACUGAAGUUGGUGCUAAGAAUCACAUUGAUUCCAAAGGAUUUUGGAAGAAACCUCUGCUUUAGGUUCUGCCAUCAGCAUCAAACUCCAGCGCCAUCAGGUUGAAUAUUCAAUAAAAUCAUUUUCUCAUGAGCUGCUAAUGAAACCUUCACCCCUCAUGCCCCAAAUACACUGAAUUGAUGGAUCUUUGUGCCUUGCAUAUCAUGAAGGAUGUGGUUCUAAAUUAAAAAUUUCUGUGUACUUGAAAAAGUUUGUGGGUGAAAACAUCUGCAGCAACCUGGGAGCUUCCCUGGAAGCCCCUCUGGGCUGGGAUUUGCUGCUUUUGGGAUCUGUUUCCACUUCCUUCCCUUGCAGUGUGUCCUGCUGGUAUUUCACUGAUUGGAAAUCUCAUUCCUGGCUGCUUGGAAACAGCAAAUAAAAAUAUUUAUAUACAUAUAUAAAUAAUAUAAUAUAUAAUAUUUAUGUAUCUAUAUAAAUAUAAUAAUAAAAAUAUUUCCUUGUGGAAAUAUCAGGGAAUUGGCAGCACAGCUUUGUGCCCAAAUUCCUGAUUUUUCCUCAGCCACCACACAGGAGAUUUUGGGCUGUUUCAGGAGGAUUGGUGGGUGCUUUGCACUCCUAUAAGUCAGAUAGGAGGUGAUUUUUUUAACACACAAUUUUGUUGCUGUACUGACCACUGCAGUUGGGGAAGAAGUGGAAGGACCUGGCAAGGCGGUGAAUGAUCCACGCUGCUGAAAAAUAUUCAAAAGUUGUCAUGACCAAUCAAAAUGUGUUCUUGCUGUACCCCAAAAUGUGUGUAUAUAAAUAUAUGUGUAUCUAAACCACCUGGAAUUGCAGAUCAUAGUUUGCAUGAUGUUAUAAAGAGGUUACUUGUCCUAAGAGUUUAUUUCAGACGGGAGCAUUGGUGUUUUUUGUAUAAAAUGGGUUAAAUCUGCCAUCUCCCCUUGCCCAUGGAUAUAUCUGUAAUGUAAAAGAAAUGUUGCUACUGAGACAGAAGAAAAAUGGCAUUAAAGGUGUCAGUAUAAUUUCUGAAUCA